CCCGUGCCAAGCACCCCUUCACUCGCCGCAAUGCCAUUCCAUCCCUCCUCCUCCUCCAAGGGAUGUCUACAACAUUUCAACACAUGUUGGAAUGUGCCAUCUCCUUGCUCAAUCAUUCAACCCUCUCCACCACUUCAUCAUAAUGUCGUCGCCUCCUGCCUGCCAUCUCUCUUCUUUCUUUCUCUCUUCUUCCUUCUCUUCCUUCUUCUCUCUUGACUCCUUCUUCAAUCUGCCGCAUAGCCACCACUCUCACACAUCCGGCCCACAAUGGCCACUACUACUCCUGCUUCCAUCACCACCGCCUCCGCCGACAGCAUGACUGCCAGUCACCUGAGCCGCCCUGCAAUCGCGGGCAUCCUGACCGCCGUCUGCCUGACUAUAUCCGUCCUGCUGGCCGCCAUGCUCGUCUUGCUGAUUCGCGCAAUCACCCAUCACAAGCGCCUCGUUGCCGAUCUGGAGGCCAGAGGAAUCGCUGUUCGCCCGCCUCUUGUCGGUGAGGUCAAGGGUGGUGGUCCGUUGAGGAUGGGGCCGACGAGGACGGUCUUGCGCAAGAAUUAUCUCUCGCCCUACAUUGUCAAUGGCGCCGAGUUGCGGUCCAGUUCGUCGUUCUACGAGCAUGACAAGUCCCGCCUUUCGCUCCAGAAAUCCACUCCACAUCUAGACUCCAGCACCGACUUUGGCAUCUCGCUCCAGUCCCCGCAUAUCGAGCGCGUGCAAGACCAAGUCAGCAAACCACGACACAUUGCAGAGUGCCAGAUAUCAGCCCCGGCCCCGUCGCACCAGACCAGAUUUCCCAUCAGAACCAGUGCCGAUUUCUGCCCCCCAAUACCCGUCCGGAGCAGCUCCCGCCUACCAACACCACCGGUAGCUCCGUCUCCAAGCCUCGAGAGCCGCUUUUCAGCCCCACGGAGCCUCCUUUCCAAGCAUGACUCCGCCAUCAGCGGUGCUCUCUCGCCUCGGAAUCUAGACACGCACCCUCAAAAGUCCCGCCCGCGUGCCGGAACUGCAAGUGGCGCAACAUCGCAACCUGAUCUGCAUCAGGCCAUGCACAGGACAAUCAACCGGCCCAGCAGUCUCUCCACCAUCUCGCGCACCCAAAAGCCCCUGAAUAUCUCCGAGGUCUUUGACGUCUUUGACGCUCCUACGGCAGGCAGAGCCAAGGAAGCGUCCGGACACAGACUGGGCGAGCAUCAAAAGUCCAGCAUCCCCAAGCUAGAAAGAGCCGGCACUCCAAUGACAUUCUACGAACAGCCGUCCGCGACAAAAGAGAACACGGCCGUCCGUCCGACGUCGCCAGUCUCGAAGCCGUCCAAAAUCGUUUUCAGGACAGAGCCACGCCUGACCCCGGCAAGCUCACCCGUCAGAAAGAAGAACACGUCCCCUCACCGUGUUGUGCUCGGCGAGAUAUCCUCCAAUACCUCUGCUCCCGGCCACGCCUCCCAGCGCUUCUCCGACUCGCCUUCUACGAGAAGCAGCAACGGCAAUCCGUUCCGUUGGGAGCUCCUCACAGUUCCCCCGAGUGAGACCCCCCGCCGCAGCUCCUCGCGGCCGAGUUCGGCCAGACCUGUAUCGCCGUCCAAGCCCAGUCAUGUUACCAAAGCCGCAACAAAAAAGAGGAAGAAGCCGCACAAGACUGAGCACGACACUCGCUCGCCCACCACCAAUCUGCCGCGCAACACUGUCUCUCCGGCCCGCACCCGGAAACCGUCUAAGCUCACCCUCACCCCGAUGAGCUCUACAGCAACAUCACGAACAACCUCCCCGCAGCCCUCGUCCUCCUCCUCCCACCACAACAACAGCACCUCGAAACCCCUCCCCUUCCGCGCCCCAUCAUCAACAACCCCCUCCACCCAACAGCACCAACAACCAACCCGCCGCCACCGCUCCCGCACAGGAAGCUCCUCCCUCCUCUCCCCCUCCCUGCUCGACCUCCGCCUCGACCUCGACCUGCCGCCUCCACUCCCCAGCCCCCCGCUCCCCGCUCCCCAUCUCUCCAAUCCCACGACGCCAGACCCGCGCCUUGCCUCGGCCGUCCCGUCAAGCGUCACCUCGCCGUCUUUUCUAUCGCUCUUUUCGCCCUUUGCGCCCGAUGAGCGGCCUGAUGAGCAGCACGAUGAGGAGCAUGAUGAGCACGAGCAUAUACAUACCCCGUCUCCGUCUUCGCCUUCGUUUCCGUCCCCGCCUCCGCCUUUAACUCCGCGGACAAUCCCCUCGAUAACAACACCACAAUCACGCAACCCUCCCUCCUCGCCUCUCCUCCCACAUAUCCCCUCUCCCUUGCUCUUUUCCUUGCCCUCAUCACCAAGAUACCAUCCAACAACCCCCACAACCCCCAAAACUCCCAAAACACCCAAAUCCCCCUCAACCUCCCCACAUACCCUCCGCCCCGACUCUGCGACCCUCUCCCCUUACUCCCUGCACUUCCACCCCUCCACAACUGCAAACACUGCUACACUCCAACGCCGACACACCCUUCGACGGCCUAGUCUGCCUGAUCUGGGCCGCGCGGGCACCCUUGUGCGCAGGCGGAGGGCGAAUACGGAGAGGGGGGGUGGGGAGGAAUUGUGUGGUCUGACGAGUUUUUAUGGUGGUGAUGAUGGAGAUGGUGGGGAUGGGGAUGGGGAUGGGGGAUGGCGGUUUUGAAGUUGGCGUUUUUGUGUAGGAGGAGGAUUGGCGUGGAGAGACUGUCGGUUUAGGGCAGUAGUAGUAGUCGUCGUCAUUCGAGUCGGAGUCUCAUAUGUUUAUACUUUGUACGUAUACUAUAUUCAUACCGUUCGCUUUAAUAUAUUCAUACCGUUCGCUUUAAUAUAUUCAUACCGUUCGCUUUAAUAUAUUCAUACCGUUCGCUUUAAUAUAUUUUGUGUAUCUGUAUUAUUUUGUUUUUAUUAGAUACCGUUACAUUGCAUUUCAUACCAUUUCAUACCAUUUCAUACCAUUUCAUACCAUUUCAUACCAUUUCAUUCCAUUUCAUUCCAUUUCAUUCCAUUUCAUUCCAUUUCAUUCCAUUUCAUUCCAUUUCAUACCAUUUCAUACCACCUUAGUCGUUCUUUAGUCUUAGUCUCACUUCAGUCCUAAUCUUACUCAAGUCUUCGUCUUACUCUAGUUUCCGUUCACAGGCUCAUUUCACAG